AUGGUGCCAUCUCCACCAGCUUUCUCCUCCGAGGCCACCUUCAAGGUGGGGGUGAUGGGUCCUUGGACCUGCGACCCCCUCCUAGCCCGGGCUUUGCCCGAGGUGGCCUCUCGCUUGGCCGUCACCCGUCUCAACCGGGACCCAAACUUCAACGAAGGCUUCUGGUGGGACGCGGUGGUGUUGGCCGAAGCUUGCCAGACCCCCCAAGCCGUGACGGGGCUUCUCAACGUUGACCGUUACGCCACCGGUCUGGUGGGACCUCUCAACCCGGCCACCUGCGGAGCCGCCGGGCUCUUGGCGGCCGCUUGGAACAAACCCUUGGCUUCUUGGGCUUGUGUGGGAGAUGUCGAAGGCUUGGAGACCUUGGUCAAACCCAUGCCGGAACCUUCUGGGGUGCUCCACGCUCUUCUCCGCUUCUUCCGGUGGGCCCACGUGGCCAUCAUCUCCGCCCCACAGGAUCUCUGGCGCGAGGUGGGGCAGGGCUUGGCCCAGGACCUUCGGGCGCGGGGACUUCCCAUCACCGUGGUCACCACAGCUGGGACACAGGAGGAUGAGGCCCGGGCAGCUCUGAGGAGGGUGCAGAGGGCGGACGGCGUGCGAGUGGUGGUGAUGUGCAUGCACUCGGUCCUGCUGGGCGGCGAGGAGCAACGGGUGCUCCUGGAGAAGGCUGAGGACAUGGGCAUGACCGACGGCACCUACGUCUUCAUCCCCUACGACACCCUCACCUUCCCCUUGCCCUACCACCGCCUGCCCUACCCCGUCCUGGCCAACAACACCAAGCUGCGCCUGGCCUACGACGCCGUCCUCACCGUCACCAUCGACUCACCCGAUGGGACCUUCCAGGAGGUCCUGCGCCAGGCCCAGGAGGCCUACGAGAUCCCCGCCCACAUCGACCCCAUGCAGGUCCACCCCCUCUUCGCCACCAUCUACAACUCCAUCCACUUCUUGGCCAAGGCGGUGGAGACCACGCGACGCAGCGGCCGUUGGGUGAUGGGCACCAGCGUGGCCGACCACGCCCGCGCCUUCCAACUGGAAGGGUUCUGCCAGUUCUUCUCCGUCACCGAAGAUGGGGCUGUCACCGUCCCCUACGUGGUGCUGGACACGGAUGGCAAGGGUGACCACUUGUGGCCGGUCUACGGCUUGGAACCGGGCACGCGGGGCUUGAGUUCCCGUGGCCACAGCGUCCACUGGCCCCACAGCUCCAGCCCCGGCACCGACGCCGGUUGUUGGUUUGAGUCGGGUUCCAUCUGCAACGGGGGGGUGGACGCCACCUUCGUCCUCCUCAUGUUCGCCCUCAUCUCCGCCCUCAUCGCGGCAGGAGCUGCCUUUGCCUGUUUCAUCAGGCGCCGCAUCCAGCAGGCCCAGUUGAUGAAGGGGCCCAACAAGAUCAUCCUCACCAUGGAGGACCUGACCUUCAUCAACACCCAGAGCAGCAAACGGGGUGACUGGGUCUGGCUGAAGAAGUUCCCCGGGGACCAACACGGUGAGGUGAAACCGGCCACCAAGUUGGUCUUCUGUAAG